AUGAACAAUUCUUACAAAUACGAAACUUUUGAAAUCUUACCUGAUCAUUUCUAUGACGGAAGGGAUGGCGCACCAGUCUUUAAACCAACAAUGGAACAAUUUAAGAAUUUUGGUGCUUUCGUUGCUUCAGUGAAAAAGUAUGGCUCAGAAUAUGGAAUCAUUAAAGUGAUUCCUCCAGAUUUAUCAAAUAAAUUAGAAAACAUUAAUAUAAAAAAUCCGAUUGAACAACUAUUUAUGCGUCAAAAAAGCGGAACUUAUGUUUUAAAAAAUGUGGAAAGAAAAAGAAAUUAUACCGUUGAACAAUGGGCCCAAUUUUGUCGAGAAAAACACAUGCCUCCCGAACCUAGAUAUUGGAAUCCGAGAAUACCUCCCAAAUUGAGUAAAAAUGAAUCAGAAACGACAACAACAAUAGCCACUAGUAGUGAUGAUGAAAAUUCAGUAAAUCAACAAACUGUUGAAUUAUUGUCGUUGACAGUUGUUCCUAAUGCAAAAUUUGAUUAUCGAAAAAUUAAUAGUAGUCUUCCGUAUAAUGAAGAAGAAUACAUUAAAGAAUUAGAACGUACAUAUUGGCGUAAUUUACCUUACGAUUCACCUUUUUACGGUGCUGAUUUGUCUGGCUCUUUAUUUUCUGAUUGUACUAAAUAUUGGAACUUGAACAAUCUGGAUAAUUUAUUAAAUGAAUUAAAGUCAAUCCCUGGAGUGAAUAAAACUUACCUAUAUUUUGGGAUGUGGAAGGCAAGCUUCGCAUGGCACAUUGAGGACAAAGACCUUUACUCUAUCAAUUAUAUCCACUUUGGUGCACCGAAACAAUGGUAUUCCAUCUCACCCUUAAGAGCUUCUAAUUUUGAAUUACAUAUGAAAGGAUGGUUUCCCCACGCACAAAAAGAAUGUUCACAGUUUUUACGUCACAAAGAAUAUAUAGCUUCGCCAAUUAAUUUAAGUGAAGCACCUAUAAUAUAUCAUCGAUUGGUUCAACGAGAAGGUGAAUUUGUAAUAACAUUUCCGAGGGGAUAUCAUUCUGGCUUUAAUUUAGGCUUUAAUUGUGCAGAGAGUGUAAAUUUUGCUUUUGAGGAUUGGAUAGAACAUGGUAUCAAGGCAAAAUCAUGUACAUGUCGCUCUGACAGCGUUCAGAUUGAUGUCAAAUCACUUUUUGGUCAUUUCUUACAAAAUAAGGACGAGAACAACUACCAUUACAACGAAACGCCAGAUUCAAAUUUCGGUCCACCAAUAUUUCCUAAUUCUCAUAGGAUUAAACCUUCUACCAGUAAUAAAAAACACAAAACAGAUCGUAAAGUAAAAUAUUUAAGUUAUAACAGUGAUAAUAUGUUGAACGUAUCAUCGUCAUCGUCGUCACAAUCAAUUCAAUCAAUAUAUAAAAAUUCUACUGAAACCAUUGAAAGAUCCGCUUCUAAAAUCAAAAAAUCAAAUAAAUAUGAACCUUAUCCUACUGACAAAAAUAGUAUAAUUGCUAAAAAUGAUGUUAUGUGUUAUUUAUGUCCUGUUCGUGGAAAAGAAGUUUUACAUACUAUGGAUGGAAGAUAUGCGCAUUACCUAUGUGCAACUUUUAUUCCAGAAACUUUUGUUGCCAAUCGACAAGAAUUUGGCGAAGAAACUGUUGUUAUUCAAAUUACAGAUAUUCCUAAUUCAAGGAAAAAGAUGAUGUGUGAAAUAUGCAAGACAUCAGAAGGUGUAUGCAUUCAAUGUUGCAAAUGUACUACAGCUUUUCAUGUCUUCUGUGCACAUGAUGCAGGGAUACUUUUGGUAGAACGAUUAGUUGGAAAGAGCCAAAUAUUUCACGAAUGUUACUGUAAAUUACACCAACCUAAUAAUCUAGAUAAGGAAAGGAAAUUACCUAAAUCCGAACAAAAGGCACAAAAUGGAAAUAAUAAUAAUAAACUUCAACAACCACAAAAUGUUAUUUCUACUAUUACCACUACUGUGAAAAAGAAAAAGGAAAAGGAAGAAGUAGUUUUUACUUUGGACGAUGAGCUUUUACUUCAGAGAAAUGAUUUUCCAAUUUUAGAUGAUUUUUAA